AUUUGGAAUUGGAUUCUCGACAGGAUCUCGAUGACGCGACUGGACAGCCUCUGCAUGCUGCUGCUGCUGCUGCUGGGCGCCCUGGGCGGUGCCCGCGCCUGGCACUCGGAGGAGCUGGAGAUCUUCGAUUUGGUCGAGGAGGUGAACCGCAACUUCUACGAGUUCAUGGGCAUCAACCAAACGGCCACGGGCGCCGAGGUGAAGCGCGCCUUUCGCACCCUCUCCAUCGUUCUGCAUCCGGACAAGAAUGCCGCCGAGGACGCCAACAUCCAGUUCCGCAACCUGGUUUCCAUCUACGAGGUGCUCAAGGAUCCUUCGCGGCGGGAGAAGUACGACCGGGUGCUCAAGGAGGGCAUGCCCAAUUGGAAAUCGGCGCUCUACUACUACCGCCGCAUGCGGAAGAUCGGGCUCUACGAGGGCGCCUUCAUCCUCUUCCUGAUCACCACCGUGGGCCAGUAUCUGUUCGCCUGGGCCGCCUAUCUCGAGAAGAAGUACACCGCCGAGCAGGUGUUCGGCACCAAGCUGAAGAAGCUGCAGAAGAAGAACAAGAACAUCGACAUGGAUGUGAUCCUCAGCGAGAUACCCAUGCCCUCGCUCCUGAACACCCUGCCCAUCCAGAUCCCGCUGGCGCUGUGGAACCUGCCGCGAACGAUCAAGAACGGCUUCAGCAAGGCCAACGAGCUCAAGGAACUGGCGCUGGAGAAGCGCAGGCAGGAACUGGAGGCCGCCCGUCGCCAGGAGGAACUGGAGCGCGAGGCCGAGGAGCAGGCGCGCCUGCGCAAGGAGCACAAGGAGAACCUACGCAAGCGCAAGCAGAACAGCAAGGCGCCCGAGAAGACCGAGGAGGAGUUGCGCGGCUACUCGCAGAUUCAGGCGCGUGAAAUGACCGAUGACGAUGCAGUUCGUCCAGCUUCCCAGAAGAGCACCGUGAGCGGCGGCUUCUGGACUGACGAGGAUCUCACCGAGCUGAUUCGACUGGUGAAGAAGUACCCAGGCGGGGCGGGCAGUCGCUGGAACACCAUUGCCGAAUCGAUGAAUCGCAGCGUUCAGGAGGUCACCUUCAUGGCGGCCAAGAUGAAGGAGAACGGCUACCGCAUUCCCGGCCAAACGGACAGCGUGGCCGAGAAUCUCGUCCAGGAGUCCCAGCAGGCGCAGCGCAAGGAGAAGGUCAAGAAGUCGGCUUCUACGGCGGCGGCAGCUCCUGCCGCUUCGGCCGGCGCUCCCGCAGAGAAGAGCAUGCUCAUACCGGAGACCAACUGGACGCAGGAGCAGCAGCGCGCCCUGGAGGCGGCGAUUGUCAAGUACCGGAAGACCGCCGGCGGCGAUCGUUGGCAGAAGAUCGCCAACAGUGUGCCGGAGAAGAGCAAGGAGGAGUGCCUGGUGCGCUACAAGUAUCUCUGCGAGCUGGUCAAGACACAGAAGCGGGCCGAGGAGGAGGCCAACGAGCAGGAUGAGGUGGAGGAGGAGGUGCUGCCGGAGGCGGAGGCGGAGGAGGAGCCCCUAGCGGAAGCGGCGCCGGCCGCCAAGAAGCUUUCGAAGCGGGAGCAGCGGCGACGCAAACGGGACUUGUCCAGCGGCGAGGAUUCAGACGAUGCGUAUCAGUACGAGAUCAGUUAGUCAGUUGGUCAGGUGAUCCCAAGUCCUCCUGCCUCGGCAGCUCCUCCUCGCACGGCUCAAACCUAGAUGUAAUUGAAUUUUUUUUAUACUUUGCAUUAAAGACUCUCUGGCAUGAUCCGGCCAUAUACCUUUCCGUAGCCCCCUUUGUGUAGCGCUUAUCUUAUGUUUUGUACAUAAUUCUAUCUUGUAAUAAUCUAAAUGUCGAUUAAUUCCCUUGCUAAGUAAACGAAAUGUGGAAGGAAGUGGA